UCUGCUCCCGAAAUAAAACCUUGCCGGUAGACAAGCCCAGCUGCGAGAUUGGCGCAUACGAGGCCUUUUGGUUUCUUCCCGAGAAGCGACGAGUUCCACACGACUUUAACUAUACCGACGGCAUGAUUCCCGACUGGGAUAGUGGUCUCAACGGAUCCUUGGGUUCGCAUUCUCAAUCUGGUUUUGGAGACUCUUAUGGCAAAGGACCGAUGGGCGGACCAGAUAGUGCGGGUAAAAGGAACAGGAGCGAGUCCAAUCCGGAGAAUAACCUCAGCUCUGCAUGGAUCUCUUUACUAUUUGCAUUGUUGUGUGUCGCAAUGGAACGGCUCGGAUUCUAUGAUUCCAAGGCUCUCGGCAUCGUGGAAGAAGUCGAAGACUACAAGCGCCUAUGCAAGUCCCUCUUUGAAGCUUCCCAGACGAUCAUGGUGCUCGGAAACUUUUUAAACUCCAAAGUCUUGCAUCUACAUUGUCAACAAUCGGUUGCCGAGACAAAUUGGGAGACCCACACCGCCGUCACAAUCGCCGCCGCCGCUCGAAUUGGUAACAUGAUGGGCCUCAACAAGCUUAUCCCCGAGAAACUAGGACCUGCGCGGGCCCCUGGUUUUCUAAAGCGAGAGGCAACCCGAGAUAGUUUUGAACAAUUCGAUCCCGAGGCCAAGGGAAAUAUGGACGGCGGACAUUGCCAGGGCGAACCGGGAACUGGUGCGUGGAUUUAUCAUUGGUUCUGCAUUCUCUUAUCAUCAUCGAUACAGCUCGACCGCUACAACUCUCCAGAAGGAGUAUCCUAUACCCUCCUCUUGAACCAUCACGCACAAUUGGAACAGAGCCAGUCUCGUAUCCCAUCUUCUCUCAUUCACUUGGACGGAGAUUUAGAACACACCAACACUCAAGUUCAGAAUCACGAAAAUGAGGAAAAGGCUAGUCACACUAGGAGCACAUCGGUCUAUACCAACUCUCUGGAAGCGUCUUUGCGCUCGGCUGAGACGAUAUUGGACACGAUAGAGGAAGCUAAAGCACUAGACUAUCCAGGUGUUCAGUGGUGGCAAACGACCCUUUAUUGCUACGUCGCCGCAGUCGUGCUUCUCGCCGAGAGAUGGUACACAUCCGAGGCCAAACCCGGUUCCUUGAAAUCAGAAGACGCAGAAGAAAGAAAGAGAAAGAUUGUUGCCGCCAUUGCACUUUUACGGGAUCAAGGAGAGUCUAUAGAUCUCUUCUCGGAAGCCGCAAAUACAUUGGACUCGCUCCUCGACGCGACUACUUCGGCUAGACGAAAAGCACGACGAAGCAGCUCCAAACGAGGAAUGGAUAUCACCGACGUCGUAAAUCCCAUUAAUAUUCCAUCUCGACCUGGUUCAAAUGCCAGCACACCAUCUUUUGUACGUGAAUGGAUCGAGCGCCCUAAUACUCCUCUUUCUCCGCCUCGACUCCUUCCAGAACAUGAACGCUCCCUUUCCACAGUUUCUCUCGCACCAGGAGUUGCCCUUACUGCAGACAACUCUUUCGACUCUCAUUUCUGGGCUCGAGUGUUUGAUCUACAAUUCGGAUCCCCCGUCGCCACUCCCGACCCUUUCUUUCC